AUGUGGACAAAGUUAGUUGCUACAACACCAGCGGUUGCCAUGGAAAAGACGAUGGUGAAAGAAAAUGAUGGAGACGACGACAAUACGGAUGGAGACAAUGAUCAUGGAGACGGCGGCAAUGCAAUGAAAGGUUUAUUGGAGUUCACCAUCGAGAUAGUUGUGUUCCUAAAUCUGUCUCAUCUCGAACGUCUGCAUGACUACAUGACCACAAAAGCUGACAUAAAAGGAGUAGUAAGCAAAUAUUUGCGGUGCCAUUACUAA